AUGGAUUUUUUCAUCUUUGACUCUGAUGAAGAGGGAGACCAGGAUGGCAAGAUGUCAGAAGGCAGCACAUCUGAGGAGGCGGAAUCUGCUUUUGAGGCCACUGACAAUGAAGAGGAGAAAGAAAGGGCAGAGAAUUCUGACACAGACCUUGAAAUAGAAGAUGCUGAGCGGUCGUUUACAACCAUAAAGGGUACGGAGCUGUACAAAGAGGCUUGCAAGCUGGUGGGAGUGAUUCCUGUCUCUUACUUCAUUCGGAACAUGGAGGAGCCCAUUAUGAACCUCAACCAUCAUGGGCUAGGACCUAAGGGAACCAAAGCCAUUGCCAUUGCUCUAGUUUCCAACACAACCAUCACCCACUUAGAGCUAGCGGAUAACUGGAUUCUGGGCGAAGGAGCCACAUCCCUGGUUCAGAUGCUGCGGGAGAACUGCUACAUCCAAGAGCUGAACAUUUCCAAUAAUCACCUUGACACAGACGGCGCGGAAGCCAUCUGCAGGAUGUUCCUUGAUAAUAUUUCGAAUAUCCGGGCCAUCCAGCUUGCAGGGAACAACUUUAGGGAAGAAGCAGCACCGUACUUUUCUGAAUCGUUGAUGGGCAAUUACAGAGUGAUUGAGCUGGAUCUCAGCCACAAUGAGUUUGCUGAGAAGGGAGGCGAGCUUCUGGGACAGAUGCUGGCCAACAACGAAUCCCUGGAGGUUCUGAAGCUGAGCUGGAAUCACCUGCGGAUGAAGGGAGCAGUGGCCCUGAGUGCUGGUCUCAGGACUAAUGCAACACUGAAAGUGCUUGAUGUCUCAUGGAACGGUUUUGGGAAUGAAGGUGCUUUUGCCCUUGGAGAAGCCCUCAAAGUCAACAACGUGCUGGCCGAGCUAGACAUCAGCAGCAACCACAUCAACAAUGAAGGGACUAUAAAGUUGAGCAAAGGUUUAGAAGUCAAUGGGAAUCUCCGAGUCCUGAAGAUGUCACAUAAUCCUAUGACAGUAGAAGGUGCCAUCGCACUCAUCACAUGCAUCAGAAGGAACUCAAAAUCCAAGAUGGAAGAAAUCAACAUCUCAAAUGUGCUGGUCAAUGAAGGCUUCGUCCGACUACUGGAUGCUGUUUGUGAGAUGCACCCUGAGCUAGAUGUCAUCUAUGGAGGAGUUGGGGGCCACCUGGACAAGAGACAAGAGUGUCGUCCAGAUCCUAUGAAGAUGAUUCAGAACUACUUGGAUAAAAACAAGCUGAGACUUUGGGAUUUCUUUAAGAAGAUGGACAAAGAGGGGACCAUGAAGAUUACUGUGUCAGAGUUUCGGAAAGCCAUGAUGCAGCAAUCCAACAUCCCUCUGGACCGAGUACAGAUUGGUGAACUGGUACACAAGCUGGACAAUGAGAAGACGGGGCUUGUGGACUACAGUAAAUUUAAAGUUGAGGAGCCAGAGCAGAAGCCUAAGGAGGAGGAUAAAGAGGAAGAGCCCUAACCAGGUCCAAAAGUCAGAGGCCUGGUGGACACACGGAACCAGAUGAUGCGCGACCAGCGACGUCAGCUACGACUCGAGGAGUCACGGCAGAAGA